AUGGCCGCGCCCUCUGGUCACCUCUCUCGCGGUUCUGACGACCUGGGCGUCUUCGAUGACGCCAAAAGCUACUAUACGGCAGAGCGUCAUCAAAACCGUGCUGGUCCUCGCACCCGAACUUAUUCUCAGAAUAGUCUGAUGUCCCGCUUUGAGCGAGUCAAUCUUCGAGAGCCCUUCCGACGUGGCAGCCAUGGCAACCUUUCACUCCAAGAGGAUCCCAAUGGAAACAUGCAGAUUACGAUUGAGGACAAUGGACCCAAGGUCAUUUCUCUGCGUACCGCCGCUUCAGCUGGUCACAACCGUUUCGAUGUGCGAGGAACCUAUAUGCUGUCCAACCUCUUGCAGGAGUUGACUCUGGCCAAAGAGUACGGACGAAAACAGAUUGUUCUGGAUGAAGGUCGCCUCAACGAAAACCCAGUCGAUCGAUUGUCUCGUAUGAUUCGUGACCAUUUCUGGGAAAACCUGACAAGACGUAUUGAUGCGUCGACUGUCGACAUUGCGGCUAGAGAUCCCAAAGACUGGACAGCCGACCCACGCCCACGCAUCUACAUCCCUUAUCGAUGCCCUAGGCAAUACGAGUUUUACAAGAGAGUCGCCGAAGAGAGACCUGAGAUGCGACUGGAUGUUCAGAUGCUACCCGAGAAGAUCACUACUGACCUAGUCCGCGACAUGAACGAUGCGCCUGGUCUUUUGGCCGUGGAUGUGCAAGAAGUGCCAGAGCCAGAGCACCCUUCAGGAUGGACGCUCAAGGGUAUGCCCUUUGUUGUCCCUGGCGGUCGUUUCAACGAGCUUUACGGCUGGGACAGCUACAUGGCUUCCCUGGGCCUUCUCAUCAAUGACCGGGUCGAUCUGGCAAAGUCAAUGGUCAUUAACUUCUGUUUCUGCAUCGAACACUAUGGUAAGAUCCUGAAUGCAACACGAUCUUACUAUCUCUGUCGAUCACAGCCUCCGUUCUUGACCGACAUGGCUCUUCGUGUCUAUGAAAAAAUCAAGCACGAACCCGAUGCCAAGGAGUUCCUUCGACGAUCUAUCCUAGCCGCUAUCAAGGAGUAUCAUAGUGUUUGGGUUUCGGAGCCUCGAUUGGACCCUACCACGGGUCUGUCGAGAUAUCGACCAGAAGGUCGUGGGGUGCCCCCUGAGACAGAGGCCACCCAUUUCGUACACAUCCUUGAUCCUUACAUCAAGAAGCACAACACAACAUUUGAAGAUUUUGUGCGAAAGUACAAUCAUGGCGAAAUUGACGAGCCUGAACUCGACGAGUACUUCAUGCACGACCGUGCUGUGCGCGAGUCAGGCCACGACACCUCAUACCGCCUCGAGGGUGUCUGUGCCAACCUAGCUACCAUCGAUCUCAACAGUCUCCUGUUCAAAUAUGAGACUGAUAUUGCCCGAACUAUCCGCAGCGUCUUCAAUGAUAAGCUGACCAUGCCCGAAGAAUUCUGCGCCGGCACGCCCUAUCAGCCUGGCGAGGUUCUCUCGUCGGCAGCCUGGGACCGGCGAGCCAAGCGACGUAAGCUUACUGUGGACAAGCUGAUGUGGGAUGAGAAGGAGGGCAUGUUCUUUGACUAUGACACCGUGAAGCGCGAACGAUGUACAUACGAGAGUUGCACAACUUUGUGGGCUCUCUGGGCAGGCAUUGCCACGCCAAAACAGGCCGCUGAGAUGGUCCGUAAAGCUCUCCCCAAAUUUGAGGCCUACGGUGGUCUGGUUUCAGGAACAGAAGAAUCGCGUGGAGCCGUCGGCCUGGAUCGACCUAACAGACAGUGGGAUUACCCAUAUGGCUGGCCUCCACAGCAAAUGCUGGCAUGGACCGGCCUGAUUCGCUACAGUUUCACUGAAGAGGCGGAGCGAAUUGCCUAUAAGUGGCUUUUCAUGGUCACUAAAGCCUUUGUUGAUUUUCAUGGUGUUGUAGUUGAAAAGUAUGACGUGACACGGCCAGCCGACCCUCACCGAGUAGAUGCAGAGUACGGAAACCAAGGCCUCGGUUUCAGAGGUGUCAACAAGGAAGGGUUUGCUUGGGUCAACGCCAGCUAUAUCUAUGGACUGCAAAUCAUCAAUGCGCACAUGCGCAGAGCACUUGGUGCUUUGACACCCUACGACACCCUGAUGAAGGCUAUUGAGCAGAAUGAGGAGAAAACGCUGGCUGGUCUGCUUAGUUCAUAG